GCCGAAGCAGCGAUUGGUCAACACAAUCGGCAUCAGGUCAUUUGGUGAGAAUAUAUGUGGUUGGGGGCAGCUAUUUUGAGAUUGUGUUUAGUUCUGUAGCUUAUGAGCGACAGGGAGACCACUAGCGAGGACGACAGGAUCUUGCGAUCGGCUAGACGCCCGAUAGCCCACGUGGCAUUAGGACCCGAGGGUGACAGGUUACUGUUCCACAAGCUUAGGGAGAGACAGCAGCAGCAGAGGAGAGCCAGGGCAGCAAAGGUCAGCAGGGCGUUCACAAGCGAAGCUGCUGCUUCAGCAGCCAUGGCAACUGCUGCACAGCAGAGUUCCCAGGCCAGCAGUUCAGGGACCGUAGGGUCAACGAUUGCGCAGACCCUGAGUCAGUUCACUGACGUUAUGGCAAGCCAGCCAAUAGUGUUGACCCCUGAAGAGGUCGCCAUACAGCAAGCAGCACUUCAGGAGGCACAGCUACAUAGGGCGUUAGGAGAGAUCAAGGCAGAGAAGGAGAAAAUGAUUAGAAGAAGAGCCAGGAUACAGCGGAGACAAGCGGACGUUAGCGAGUUAGAGGGGAUGGAUCUGACGUACAUGGAUGAUAAUACAGGUGUGAAGCAUGCCCUCACUCACCAUGAGGUCUUGAAACUGCCCGAUCCUGACAAGCCGUUUGUUGUAACCACGGAUGCCAGCCAAUAUGGCAUUGGUGCCGUACUUGCGCAGCACGAGGGGAAAAAGUUGAGGCCGAUAAAGUACAUGUCCAAAAAUAUGCCCUCUCAAAAGCUGGCCAAGUCCACUUAUGAGAAGGAACUCUACGCGAUUUACAAAGCGUCGACUCAUUGGAGGCACUACCUACUUGGUCGCUUCUUCUACGUCAGAACUGAUCAUCAGACCCUGAGGUGGAUGAAGACUCGACCGGUACUCUCCGAUGCUCUGAAGCGAUGGAUCGAAGUCAUAGAGCAAUACAACUUUGAGCCCCAAUACAUCAAGGGGGAGUACAACAAGGUUGCUGAUGCGUUGUCGCAUAGGCCAGACUUCUUGGGUGCGCUGGUCACUGAAUUUGGGCUUGCAGACGAUGUUAUUCAUUCUUUGGUGGAAGCCUAUCAUGAGGAUCCGUUUAUGGCCGAAAUCAUACGCAGACUCGAGGCAAAAUACAAAGCAACUGCCGACGAGUUUGUGUUGGUCAACGGCCUGCUGUUCCUUGAGAAGGCCGGGAAUAAAUGUUUGUGUGUUCCAAAUUGGGAGUCCUUGCGUAGUUUAUUUUUAGGUGAGUGUCAUAAUGCCACCAGACAUUUUAGGUAUAGAAAGACUGCAGCAAAUCUUUUGCAGCGGUUCUGGUCCACAACGAUGAGAGAUGCGAAGCUGUACGUGGAGACUUCUCAGGUAUGUCAGAGAGACAAGCCAUGCACACAGGCCCCUCUUGGGCUUCUUAAGCCCCUUCCGAUUCCGGAAAGGCCCGGUGAGAGCCUCUCUAUGGAUUUCAUGGAAACGCUGGUCACCAGCAAGAGCAGAAUGAGAUAUGUCUAUGUCAUUGUGGAUAGGUUUAGCAAUUAUGCUAGGUUAGUCGCAAUGCCUGCUACAGCCAAGACGGAGUAUGUGAUUAAGUCGUCUAAAGAAAACUGGGUCAGAGACUUUGGGCUUCCAAAGUCCAUUGUAAGUGACCGGGAUGUCCGAUUCACUAGUGAGUUGUGGAAGGCAGCCGCUGCAGAACAAGGAACACAUCUGCAGAUGACUUCUGGGAACCACCCAGCGGCAAACGGGCAAGCGGAGCAGCUGAACCGCGUUGUACAACACCUGUUGAGGCACUACAUAAAGCCCAACCAGGUGGAAUGGGAUGAGAAACUUGCUCUCAUCGCCAGCCUGUACAACAAUGUCGUGCACAGCGCAACAGGGGUGAGUCCUAACAGCCUGCUACUGACUUUUAAGCCUAGACUGCCUCUAGACUUCCUGCUACCUGAGAAUCAGCCGACAGCUGCACCUGGAACGUUAGAAUUUGAAUAUCGAUAUGAGCAGUUGAUGCAGCAAGCGGUAGAACAGAUGCACAAGGCCCAGGCGGCGAUGAUAGAGUCUGAGAGCAAGCACAGCAGCCCAUCAACAGUUCAGGUAGGGGACAGAGUCUGGGUCAAGUCCUCGGAACUGGGACAGGAGCACGGGAUAUCCCCCGCAAGCUCAUGCCACAGUACUUUGGACCUUGGGAGGUUCUUAAUAUUGUCGGGGAGGAUCUGGAUGGGCCAUCAUAUGUAAUACAUAUCCCUGGUCAUCUUCGCACUUACCCUGUCUUCCACGCCUCUAAGCUUGCACCAUUCAAGG